GUCUGCCUUUAAUAUUCAUCGACUAGCUAAUUGUAAGCAGGGGGAAAUAUGUUGUUUUGUUGUAGGAAGGAGUGUGACUAAACUUUUAGACCUUUUUAAUGAAGGGCAGUCUGUUCGAGAAAAUAGCCGUGGAUAUCCUGCAUUCAGGUCCAGACGGGUCACUGAACUGCGUCACAACGACAUUCCCAGGGACUGAGGAGGCUUUUCUCUCAACCUUCGCCCCUGUUCCGCUGGUUAACUGCAGAACUUGAACGUCUUCAUAGAAACAGGAAUGAUUGGGUCCAUGUUGGUGCAGAGAAGCUUCGUCAUGCAGCUCUCAGGUUAGAAGUAUAAUGUUCACAGCACUGCUGGUUGCCCUGGUGAUCGGAGGAUUGAUUAUCUUCCUGGUUCAGAGGCGCAAGAACCAGGUUCUGAAGACCGAGGAUGGCUGGUGGGGGGCUGGAGCGCCCCCUGAGGGUGAGGAAGACCUCACCAUCCGGUCUUUUAAAGUAACCACCACUGAUGAGGAGCUGGAGGACCUGUACAGGAGGAUGGACCAGACCCGUCCUGUUCCCUCGCUGGAGGACAGCCAGUUUCAUUACGGCUUCAACUCCCACUACCUUCAGAAGGUGGUCUCUUAUUGGAGAAAGGACUUUGACUGGAGGAGACAAGUGGACAAACUGAACCAGUACCCACAUUUUAAAACCAAUAUUGAAGGCAUUGACGUUCAUUACGUGCACGUAAAGCCCAAGACGGUGCCUGAGGGGACAAAAGCCAUUCCCCUCAUAAUGGUCCAUGGCUGGCCCGGCUCAUUCUACGAGUUCUAUGGGCUCAUCCCCAUGUUAACAGAGCCUUCGGAUCCCGGUCAGCUUGUGUUUGAGGUGGUGUGUCCGUCCAUUCCAGGCUACGGCUUUUCUGAAGCACCACGGAAGAAAGGUUUUGAUUCCGUUUGUGCUGCACGCAUCUUCCACAAGCUGAUGAAGCGUCUUGGUUUCCAGCAGUUCUAUGCUCAUGGAGGAGACUGGGGCUGGCUGGUCACCACUAACAUGGCUCAGCUGGCGCCCAAAACUGUUAAAGGUCUGCACGUGAACUUUGCUCCGCCCUCCAAGCCGGGGCUGCUCGUGACUUUGUCCAUCGUGCUCGGCCGCCGCUUCCCUAAGCUGUUCGGAUUCACUGAAACAGACGUAGAGCGACUCUACCCCUGCAUGGAGAAGCUGGUGUUGGAAUCCAUGAAAGAGUCCGGCUACAUGCACAUCCAGGCGACCAAACCCGAUACAGCUGGUCGCGGGCUGAAUGACUCUCCUGUCGGUCUGGCUGCCUACAUCCUGGAGAAGUUUUCCACUUGGACAGAUCAUGACUUCAGGAACCUGGAAGACGGAGGACUCACCAGGAAGUUCUCUCUGGAUGACCUGCUCACCAACGUUAUGAUCUACUGGACUUCAGGCUGCAUCGUUUCUUCAAUGAGGUUCUAUAAGGAAAACUUUGGCAAAGGUCUGGACGCGCCCCAUGCUAAGAUACCGGUCUUUGUUCCCACGGGCUUCGCCUGCUUCCCCAACGAGCUGAUGCAUACGCCUAAGCUUUGGGUCAAACAGAAAUACCACAACCUCGUCAGCUUUUCUCCCAUGCAGCGCGGCGGCCAUUUUGCUGCCAUGGAGGAGCCCCGGCUGAUGGCGGAGGACAUCCAGCAGUUCACAAGAUCAGUGGAGGAGAUGAUGAAGAAGAAGAAGGAGUAGAAGAUUGAUGGAUAAGAUGCCAAAUGUUUUCUCCUGCUUUUAGCCAAGAGAGGAGGUGAUUUUUUUUCCCCCCUUAGUGGAAUCAGAACAUUUUAGUGGAUUAUAAUAACACAUAUUUGGGGCAUGUAAUAUUCAAAUACCCACACACAUCACACACCUAGCUGUCAGAUGAAAGCAACUAAAUAACUAGAGGCAACAUAUUACAUUUAAUUGUUGCAUAAAGCAUGUAUUUCAGAAAAUUUGUUUACAUAAAUCAUUAUUGCUAAACCUUUCCCGUUCUCCUUCAAACACGGAGUAGUAAAACUGACUGGUUUUAGAGAUGGUUUGUGUUGGUAGUCCAGCUGUUUUAUGGAUAUCUAGGCACUACAGCAGGCUGUAGUGCCUAGAAAAGAGUAGAGUGAGCAGCUGCAGAUGGGAUGUCAGGGGGCAGCCAGUGUUAUUGUGUUGACAGCAUAGACAAGGUGCCAAGCAUUCCUCUGACUGAUAGCAGAAGUCCUCCACACUCAGGCCACAGCCGUGAUAACACUUGCUGACCAGUCAGGUUUAAUAUUCAGCCGUUUAGAUGCAUUUCAAUUUUCCUGGAGUCAAUUAGAAAAUAGGAGUGGCUCUAACUUUACUUUUACUUUUUAUUAUUUGACCAGGAAUUAGUGACCUAAGUAAUUAAUUCAAGGGGCCGUAUUAUGCAAAAUGUACUUUUUUUUAGCUUUAUAUCAUGUUAUAGUGUUAUUCCCUUAUCAAACCAUAUUUGGAGUGUUGCUUAGAUUCUUUCUUGCAUGUUUCAGAAAUAGUUUAGUCUCCAUGGCAACCAUUCAGCUGUGCAAAACGCCAGGUUGGCCCUAGCUCCGCCUUCGAGAUGCAACUCCUCCUCAGAGCUGCAGUUUCCACGUUUCCAUCUCACAGAGCAGCCACAAGUUCCCCACUCAGCUCCUUCAGACCAGCCAGCAGCAAUUAGCAAACACCUGUUGAAACUCAUCUCAGUGAAACGUUGGUCAAAAUGUUGGUAAAGGGUUAAUAGAGGAGUGUUGUUGUGAUGACUUCCUGAAGGCGGAGUUUCAGAAACAGCAGGAGUUUUUAAAGAGACAAAGGCCCAAUUUCAAGGCAUGAAAUAAUAAAGUCAAUUUUCUUAAGUCAUAUUUGAUAUAUGUAGCAUUUUCAUAACAACUGAAAGUAACAGUUUCAUUUUAUAUCACAAUCAAGUGACUGUGUCUGGAAAAUUCAUAAUACUGAAUCUUUAAUGAGUCAAACAAAAGUAGAUAGAUCUUAUCAAUCCACUAACGAUUAAAUGAUAAGCGACCACUUUCUUAAAAACCUGAGUUUUUGAUUGUACCAAGAGGACCAACCAUCUUUACAUAACAAGAAGGGCUAAACCUUUCAUAAUAUGCUGAAUAAAAAAUAAAUAAACAAUUUAAUUUUAACAUUAUUUGGCAUAAAAUGUAUUAAAUGCUGACUGAGUAGACAGUUUUUUGUUACUGUUC